CGGUUGCAGCCUGAGAAAAGUUGUCUCGACCGGUUCACGAGCUGCUGCGGGAGCCAGAGUGCUGCCGGGGGUGGCCCCGGGCAUGGGGCAGCCGGCGUGGGCCCCGGGCUGGCGAUGGGUGGCGUGACAGCGGCCACGAUGCGCUGCGAGGGCGAGGCCCCAAGGCGGGCAGCGCGGUACGGGGCGCUGAGCCUGGUGCUGGCCGCGCUGCUGGGCCAAGUGGCAGAAGGUCGCGGGGUCGUCGAAAAUAUACAGAGAUUCUCUUCGCUGCCGCCAUACCUGCCUGUGAGCUUCCAUGUCCUCAGAGCAGAGACGUCCUUCUUGCUGAAGGAGGCCAACCCGGACCUGCUACGGAAUGCCAGCCUACAAUCCAGGGUGGAGUCUUUCUUCACCUACAAGACCAGGCAGCCCCCCGUAUUAAACGCCAGCUAUGGGCCUUACUCUGCAGAAAAAGUCAUACCUCUGGACCUGAUGUUGAACCCCGACUUUUUAGGCCCAGCCAAUAAGUUUCCUUUUGACUGGAGGCUGAAGGCCCACAUCCUUCAGGAGAAAGUCUACCUGGGUCGGCCCAAAGUACAGGUGCUCUUCCACAUUGUGGGCCGCGACUGGGAUGACCACAGGGCAUCUGAGAAGCUUCCCUGCCUGCGGGUCUUUGCAUUCCGAGACACUCGGGAGGUCCGAGGCAGCUGCCAGCUGAGUGGAGCCCUGGGGUUGUGUGUGGCUCAGCUGGAGAUGCUGCCCAGCUGGUUCAGUCCCCCGACUGUGGUGUCCGGGCGCAGGAGGCCCACAGAGCAGCCAGAGGGGAGUCCCGUGGAACUGUACUACACUGUGCAAUCAGGAGAUGAGCGAGGGGACUGCACCGGAGGGGACACCAGAAAGGACAAUGCCAUCCGUCCAGGAAAGGAUGGACAAGAGGAUAGGCUGUCCCACCUGCAGAAGAUUGGCACCGUUGACCUUUACCGAACCCAGGACAGCACCCAGCUCAGCGAACUGCGUUUGGAUGGCAAUGUGGUCAUCUGGCUCCCGUCCCAACCCGUCAAGCAGGGGGACAUAGUCACUGCCUCUGUCACCAUCGCCAAUAACUCUACUGUGGACCAUUUUAUCCUGAGAGCCAAGGUGAAGAAGGGGGUGAACAUUCUGACUGCACAGACCAGUGAGCCUCGGCACUGGGAUGUGAGGCAAGAGAUGGGCAAUGGAGGGAAGCAUACCACCACUUCUGUGGCCUGUCAGCGCCUGGGGCCUGGGGCACGAGAUAGAAGCAACAACUUAUUCAACGAGGUCAUGCAGAUGAAUUUUGAGAUCGCCAGCUUCAGCAGCCUCUCCGGAACACAGCCCAUCACGUGGCAGGUGGAGUACCCAAGGAAGGGGACCACAGACAUCGCUGUGUCCGAGAUCUUCAUCAGCCAGAAGGACCUGGUCGCCAUUGUUCCCCUUGCUAUGGACACUGAACUCCUGAACACAGCCAUCCUCACGGGGAAGACGGUGGCCAUGCCUGUCAGGGUGGUGUCGGUGGAGGAGAACAGCACAGUGAGGGACAUCUCAGAGCUGGUGGAGUGCAAGGCCAUGGAUGAGGAUGUCAUCAAGGUCUCAGACCACUGUGACUAUGUCUUUGUCAAUGGCAAAGAGAUCAAGGGCAAGGUGGACUCCGUGGUGAAUUUUACCUACCAGCACCUGAGCGCACCCCUGCGUGUCACCGUGUGGGUGCCACGGCUUCCCCUGCAGAUCGAAGUCUCUGACACAGAACUCAGCCAGGUUAAGGGCUGGCGGGUCCCCAUCAUGGCCAGCAAGAGGCCCACUCGGGACAGCGAGGAGGAGGAGGAGGAAGAGCAGAGAGGCCGGGGUUGUGCACUGCAGUUCCAGCAUGCCACAGUACGGGUCCUCACCCAGUUUGUGUCAGAGGGUGCUGGGCCCUGGGGCCAGCUGAGCCACCUCCUCAGUCCAGUCUGGCAGUUUGACAUCACCCACCUGGUGACUGACUUUAUGAAGCUGGAGUCUCCACACAUAGCCACCCUGCACGACAGCAGAGUCCUGGUUGGAAGGGAAGUUGGGAUGACCACCAUCCAGGUGUUGUCCCCACUGUCCGACUCCAUCUUGGCAGAGAAGACAGUAACUGUGCUGGAGGACAAAGUGUCCGUGACAGACUUGGCUGUCCAGGUGGUAGCUGGGUUGUCUGUCACCCUACACCCCAUCUCAGAGAACAACAGGGCCACCACAGCUGUGGCUACAGCUGAGGAGCUGCUGCGUGCCCCAAAACAGGAAGCAAUAGUCAGCACAUGGCUGCAGUUCAGUGAUGGCUCAGUGACACCCCUGGACAUCUAUGACACCAAGGACUUCUCCUUGACUGCCAUCUCUCUGGAUGAGGGUGUUGUGUCCAUCCCACAGCCGCUCUCACCUUGGUGGCCCACUGUGGUAGCUGAAGGAGAAGGUCAGGGCCCACUGCUUCGAGUGGACAUGUCCAUCGCCGAGGCCUGUCAGAAAUCCAAGCGCAAGAGCGUGCUGGCUGUGGGCAUCGGCCAUGUAGGAGUCAAGUUUGGAUGGGAUGAUGCUGACUCCGGCCAGACCAGAGAUAAGGAUGAGGACAUCAAGAACCAUGCCAGUGAUCGCCGGCAGAAGAUGCAGGACCUGGAACGCCUAGGCCAGGAUGAGCUGUACCAUGGCAACUCUCCUGGGGAUCGUGAGGAAGGGGCCCUGCUGAGUGCCACCACUACUGCCAAGUCCCUGCUAGAUAACAAAGUGGGGAAGAGUGGCAGGCUGGAUGGAGCCAGGCUACAAAGCAUCCCCAUAGACUUCACCAACUUCCCAGCCCAUGUGGACCUCCCCAAGGCCGGGGGCACACUGGAGGAAAAUGGUCUGAUGCAGACAGCCCAUGGCCUGAGUGACCUGGAGAUUGGGAUGUAUGCCCUCCUGGGUGUCUUCUGCCUCGCCAUCCUUGUCUUUCUUAUUAACUGUGCCACCUUCGCCUUCAAGUACAGGCACAAACAGGUGCCUCUGGAAGGCCAGGCAUCCAUGACCCACUCUCAUGACUGGGUGUGGCUUGGCAAUGAGGCGGAGCUCCUGGAGAACAUUGGGGAUGUGUCACCACCCCAGGACGAGCACACGACCAUCAUAGACCGAGGGCUGGGAGGCUUCGAGGAAAGCAACAACUUGCUUCUCAAUGGUGGCUCCCAAAAGCACAGGCAGAGCCAGGUCCACAGGCCACCGGGUUCUGGGGGGCACCAGGGCAGGGAGCCCAGGCAGGAACCUGCCAACUCCCCCACCUCCAAGAUGAAGAAGGUGAAGUUUGCCACCUUCACCAUCCCACCUGAGGACAGCUGCCCCGCAGUGAACUCCAUCCUCGGUGGUGAAGAUGAUAUCAAGUGGGUUUGCCAAGAUGUGGAUGUUGGAGCGCCUAAGGAACUCAGAACCUACCUGGAGAAAUUCCAAGACAGUGUGUAGUGCCCAGGCCAUCUCACCAACACGGAGCAGUGUCCUCUUUUCCUCCCUCCCUCAGCAGAGCAGCUGGCUGGAGAGAGAACUCUCAGUGGACUGAGUGAGGAAGGCUGGGGACCACAAAACACCAGCUAGCGGUUUAGAAGCUUGGAAGGGAUGUUUUUAUACUCAAGGGUUUUUUUUUUUUUUUCUUAGCAGUUGAGGAUGGUAGGUUUCCAGGUGUUUGAGUCUCUGACUCCACAGGGAGGAAGAGUGGACCCAAGACAGAACUGCUCGGAAGUGAGAAGAGUUAUUUUAUGAAUCAAAUUACACUGCAGACAAGCUACCAAAAAUAUUUGUUAAAAAAAAAUACAAAAAAAGACAAAUAAAAAGACAAAUGACUGUCUGUUUAUAUUUCUAAUAAAGGAACAGAAUGUAAAAAUAGGGCUUGCUAAGAGAAAGCCUCCAUUUUAAUUCGAUCUCCACAUUUCUGAGUACAGCCCAGGUCUGGUGCCCAAGGAGAGGCACAUCUGAACACUGCUCACCUCUUAGGAAAAAAUAAGAAAUUUCCAUUUGAGUCCAUAUCUCCUUUUGCUUCUAUGUUUCCUUUCUAGUGUCUUUCCACAUGUUUAUUUCUGAGGACCAAGUGGUAUAUUUUCCUAAAGGAAAUAUAAAUUAUAUUUCUAUUCAUUAGAUAACUGGGUUUUUUUCCUUUUUUUAGGAGGACCAUCAAUGGAUCAAUUAUGUU